GAGAAAGAGAGAGAGAGAGAGUCUCUCCACUACAGCCAACUUUUUUAUUGAGCAUAGCGACCAGCUAUUUAAUAAAUUAGUUUAGUAUCCAUUGGGCGUUUAAUACGUGCAGACCAUAUUUGCUUGCAAGUAAAUACGUUUGUAUUCGUAACAGUAAAAGUAAAUAGUUAAACUACAGAAUGACACAGGAUAAUCUGACUGCAGUUUUGCACGGAAUAAACGAUUUGCGAUUGGAGCAACGUCCGAUCCCGGAAAUAUCAGAUGAGGAGGUUUUAAUCGCAAUGGACAGCGUUGGGAUCUGUGGAUCAGAUGUUCAUUAUUUAACUAAAGGUCGUAUCGGCCACUUUGUGGUGACCAAGCCCAUGGUAAUUGGCCACGAAAGCGCAGGUGUGGUGGCCAAAGUGGGUUCCAAAGUUAAGAAUCUGGCUGUAGGAGAUCGAGUUGCCAUUGAGCCGGGAGUUCCUUGCUACAAAUGCGAUCAUUGCAAGCAAGGCAGCUACAAUCUGUGUCCUGACAUGGCAUUCUGUGCCACGCCCCCGUAUGAUGGUAAUCUGACACGAUACUAUAAGCACGCAGCGGACUUUUGCUUUAAAUUGCCUGAUCAUGUUACCAUGGAGGAAGCUGCUCUACUAGAACCGUUGUCCGUGGGAGUACAUGCUUGCCGUCGUGCUGGUGUGGGCUUAGGCUCCAAGGUGCUUAUCCUUGGUGCAGGUCCCAUCGGACUGGUUACGUUACUGGUAGCACAAUCUUUGGGAGCCACGGAGAUUCUGAUUACGGAUUUAGUACAGCAACGUCUGGAUGUUGCCAAAGAGUUGGGCGCCACACAUACACUGCUGCUAAAUAAAGAAGAUGCCGCGGAAGACAUCGCUGAUCGUGUGCGUCAAUUGAUGAGUGCUGAACCUGAUAAAUCAAUCGACUGCUGCGGAGCAGAGAGCAGCACGCGACUGGCAAUCUUUGCUACACGAUCUGGCGGUGUUGUUGUUAUUGUUGGCAUGGGACCGCCUGAAAUGAAGCUGCCCCUAUUCAAUGCCCUGGCUCGAGAGGUAGACAUUCGCGGUGUCUUCCGUUACUGCAAUGACUAUGCCGCUGCUUUGGCCCUGGUGGCCUCUGGAAGAGUGAAUGUAAAGCGUCUUGUAACACAUCAUUUUGAUAUUACAGAGACUCAAAAAGCAUUCGAAACAGCUCGGGACGGCUUAGGUGGCGCCAUUAAAGUUAUGAUACAUGUACAAGCUAGAAAUACAAAUAAUCCAGUUGUAUUUUAGCUUGCCAUGAAACGUAACAUCAUUAUUCAAAAUAUAUUCUUUCGACAAAAACAACGUUUAUAAUUGCAUGAAAAUUUUAGUUUUUAUCUUAUUCUGGAUAUAUUGUUUUUUGGUUCAAAAUCAAUAUAUAUAUAUAUAAAUAUAUAUAUUCGAGUAGUUCAGCCGUUAUAAACGAAAUGGAUAGCUGCCGACUGUUGCGGAAUCUAUUAAGCUGUUUAACCAGAAAAUACAGCGGCUUUGGCUCUUUGUCUCCAAUGAUUCGACACUUGCACGGAGUAGGGGUGGAUCUCGAUGAUUUGAUCAAGGAACGCAUGCGCAAACAAUUGCUUACUGAUUGGCAUACAACAAAUGAGGAAAGGCAGGUGAAUGUGGCUAGUGAGCCGACGACACAGGCAGCCAGCUUAGAGAAGGUUCUCAAACAGGAUCUAGAUAUGGAUCGGCAGAACAAGAUCAAAAGCAAUUAUGUCGUUACAUUAAAAAAAUCAAAUGCGAUUGCAAGCGAAACAGCCUAUAAAAUAAAUGGAAUUAUUUCAGUUAUUAAGAGUGGCACGGCACCCGUAAGUUAUAGGUACCGGGAAAAGUCCGGGGAGAAUCUGCCUACUGCAAGAUCUACUAAGGUGUAGAAAUCCUAUCCUAUGUGUGCACAAUCUUAACGAAUUGAAUAAAAUGAUUACAAAGAAUGAUUUCCUAA